GACGUCACUGGGAAGCGCCGUUCCCAAAGUUUACACAAGUGUGCCGCUGAUGGAUGGAUAGCUGAUGGACGAAAAUGGAUGACAUCAACGUACUACACCACAGAUGCCUCCUGAAUCUGAGGCGUCGUGUCAGAGACAUCGGUGAUGGUCGACCAGCACAGGAGCGAUAUAUGAGGCUGCAGAAGGAUGGAGACACACUCAGUUACCAAGGGAACUCUGAAGAAGUGGGAUGCUAUGUGGCUGGCCGGCCUUUAUCAAAGGGAAAUUGCUACUUUGAGGUGACCAUAGUGGACACAGGAGUGAGAGGGACCAUUGCUGUGGGCCUGGUGCCUAAAUUCUACAGGCUGGACCACCAGCCGGGCUGGCUGCCAUACUCUGUAGCUUAUCACGCUGACAACGGCAAGUUGUAUAAUGGCAACCCGGUAGGGCAGCAGUUUGGCCCGAAAUGUGCUCGUGGUGACCGCAUUGGCUGUGGAAUACACUCAGAAAAUAUAGAAGCAGGUAUCACAACAGUCUUUUUCACCAAAAACGGGAAAGAGGUGGGUUCAGUAGAGGUUCCCGUGUCGGCAGAGGGACUGUUCCCCGCUGUGGGGAUGCACUCUAUGGGGGAGGAGGUGAAGGUCGACCUGCAAGCUGAGUGGUUCCUGGAGGAGGAUGAUAGUAUGAUGAUGGUUGACAGCCACGAGGACGACUGGGGACGACUUUAUGACGUCAGGGUGAGCGGCACGCUUUUGGAGUAUGUUGGCAAAGGAAAGAGUAUUAUGGAUGUGGGUUUGGCCCAGGCCCGACAGCCACUCACCACCCGCUGUCAUUACUAUGAAGUGGAGAUAGUCGAUGCUGGGGAGAAAUGCUACAUUGCCCUGGGCUUGGCAAGAAGGGACUACCCCAAGAACAGACAUCCGGGGUGGAGCCGAGGAUCAGUGGCCUACCAUGCAGACGAUGGAAAGAUCUUUCACGGCAGCGGAGUCGGAGAUGCUUUUGGUCCUCGCUGCUUCAAAGGUGACAUCAUGGGCUGCGGCAUCAUGUUCCCACGAGACUACAUCCUGGACGGGGAAGUGUUUGAUGCCCUGCAGGUGUUUUUCACGAGGAAUGGGAAGCUCAUGGGCCGGAGGGAGAUGGUCGUCCCUCCUGGGGGCCUGUACCCCACCGUGGGGAUGCUGAGCAGCGGCGAGAAGGUGAAGGUGGACCUGCAUCCCCUCAGCGGAUGAGCCCGGGACUCGUGACGCCCUGCAAACAGCCGACUGCGCUGCAGAGCUCACAAACGGUAGCCUAGCAUGCUACUAACACUCGCCAGAACGCACUCACUUCAGCUGCACUCAUGCACAUCGCUGUCGUCUUCCUUCCCCGACUUUUAUUUAUAAGACUUGUACAUUUCACAGCUGUCGCGGCGGACGGCCAGCCUCGCGGCUGUAAAGAAGCAGUGACAGGUCCUACGUGGGCUGUGUAGGUUACAGAGUACUUGCUGCAGGAAUACACGGCAGCACCUCAAAGCGAGAAACUCCAGAGAGACAUUUAACUGUUAAUUCUAUGCAAUCUGCACUGCUGUCGUCCUCUCCUCUAACCUCCUCCUGCAUGCAGUGUGCGUCUGUAAUACUGAGCUGUUAAAUCCCUCUCAUGAGGUCUGGCACACUUAGUUUAUUUCAUUUGUCACAACCCCAAGCAAAGCAGAGCAAGGCCAACAGUUGUGCCGAGUCAGAGCUCGUUCGCAGUUUAUGUGUCAGGGAAUAGACACCCCCCCCCUCCUCUUCACCUCCUCUCUCCUUGCCACUCUCCUUUUCUUUGUGUCUCUCACUCUCUUUCCCAACCUCUCCUCAUCCUCUCUCUGGGUGAGGGUGCCCUCCUCUGAGCGAUCGGAGACCUGCUGUUGCCCCACCUCGCUCGCUGCUCUCCCAGAGCUGGCUGCAAGUCAGCAGCGGAUCUGUCUCAGACGUGCAUUAACAUUCAUUUUUUUUGCUUUUUGUUUUUUUGAAUUUGGAUUAUUGCAAGUACGGUAAACACAACCAAACAUAAGACGCUGCCACUGAGCAGCACAGACGUUUCCUCAGAGCGGAUGAAAAGCUUUGUGAGUGUUUUGUAGUGAGAUUACAAAUGAAAAUAUAUAUAUAAAAAAAACAUGUCAGGUAUAUUUUCUAUGAGGAAUCUGUGAAAUAUACUUUUCAGUUUAUCUUCUAUGUCAGAAGUUCAGGGAAUGCGAUUUGUUGCACUUAUGUGAAAGGGAAGCUGUUAAGGGAACACAUGCACACAGCGGGUGGACAAAAGAACAGAAAUAAACAGUGAAAUGCUGCCUGAUGCGACACAACACACUACAGCCAUGACAAUAACCGCAAACCUAACAAUAACCACAAAUAAAACGCCUCUGAAAGGAAAAGCCAACUCUGCAAACCUCACACACAAGCAUCAGGCGCAGGGCUGUUGGAUUCGAUUGCAUCACACUGUACUGUAAUGUAAUAUUUUUGUACUCCUUCUGCAUGUUUGCCCACUACAUGAAGAAUUAUCUUCAUUUUCUUUCCCUCAAAGUUUUGAGUGAUAUCUUUCGAAACAAUCUGCUAGUUUCUCUCCCUUUGUGAUGUAAUAUUAACUAUAUUGAUGUUUAUUUGCCGUUUGUGCGACAUGUCAGAAGAAAAAUGUUUUGUCUUUGUGUUUGUGGCCACCAGCACUUUAACAAUGUGUUUGUGUGACUGUGCAGAGAGUAGAAGCAGCACCGGGACUCUGUGUCACAAAGUUCGAUUCGAUUCGAUCACUUUUUCUAAUUUUGCGCAUCCAAAUUGUUUUUCUUUCCCUUCUAGUCACCAUCUAGCAAUGUAAUUUAAUUAAAUUGCUAUUAAAUGUAAUUUAAUUUCUAUCCUGCUAGUAAAAAAACCUCGAAGCAGCAGCUUGCAUCAGUUUCUCAGUUGCUCAGAGGGAGAAAAGGUCGCACUUUAGCAAUAUUUUUCAAGUGAUAGAAGGCAGAUGUGGUGGCAGACCCGACAAAGCACUAAAGUUAAAAUCUGAGUGAAAGAUCACUCCUGACAUUUCUUUCUUGACAGCUUGGUGCAAAUCCAGGAGAAUUCACUUUUGCAAUCAGUUUUUGCCUCGAAGCUUUAAAAGUGUUUGUUUUUUCUUAGUUUAUCCGCACAUUGAAUCCCUCAGACAUCAUAAGAAAAGAAGAUGUCAACAGUAUGUCUCAGUUUAUCUACUUGAUAACGAAAUCCUACAGUAGGAAUUGAAAGAAAUCAGUCGGCACAACCCUUUGAGGUUAAAUUGUAAGAAAGAAAUGUGUAAAAUUACAGAAAAGAAUGUCCUGUAAUUAUAAAAAAAAACAAAAGAAGUUUUAUGUAAUUUAAUUGUUUAUCUAUCAGUUAAUUACUUUGAUGUAGUAUGAAUGGCUGUGAAGGAGGUCUUUAUCAGUCGUAAAAGUCUGAAAAGAAAAAAGGAUAUAUAGUCCAAAACUUUUAUCCUCCUCUUCUUCCAAAGAAGUACAGACGGCCAGAUUGGAGUUUUUGCCAGGCCGAAUCUGGCCCCCGGACCUUAUGUUUGACUGGAUUAGUAAGCGCUGGCUAUCCAAAGAGAACGAGACGCAGGUUAAGUUGCACUUUGGGACACAGACUCCGGAGCUGAAGCAAUCUGUCGAGUUUGUCGGAGCUGGUUUCCACACAUUUCUAAUUUAUGGUUAAAGGGAGAAAAGUCAUGAUUGUUAUUCUGUAUCAGCCAAAUCAAACUGAAUUCCUCUGCAUCUUCCUAUUACAACAUCUGCAUCCCUGUAAAAUAAACAUUCCUCUGCGCCUUCAUAAAAGGUGCAAGCAGCAGGUUUCUUUAGCAUGUACACAAAAUCAUCCACAGGUCACUGCAGACGGUGAUGCUAGAAAUCUAACGUGAUGUAAAACUAAUACACAGGGUUACCUAUUAAAUCACAUCUGCUGG